AUGGGCUCUCACGACGACAAACCAUCCCGCGAAAACGACGAGCUCCGCGCUUUCUGUCAAGCCCUGCAUGCAUACGGAACGCACGCGACGGGCUAUUGCGACGAGUGUACGAACCACCACGCGAAAACGAUGAGCUCUUGGUGUUUCUUCACGCCUUUCAUUCCUAUCAAAAUAAUGCGAUGGGCUCUCACGACGACAAACCAUCCCGCGAAAACGACGAGCUCCGCGCUUUCUGCCAAGCCCUGCAUGCAUGCGAAACGAACGCGACGGGCUAUUGCGACGGGCUAUUGCGACGAGUGUACGAACCACCACGCGAAAACGGUACGUCGAUAUUUCGCUUCCGAUCUCGUAAUGCUCAUCGUAAUCUUGUUAUCUUAA